AUGGCGAACAUUGAUGAGAUGGCCAUGGGGGAUUACAAGAAGUGCAUUCGAGAUGAUGUGGGGCCGCGUUUAGUACAUCCUACGAUUCCUACCAAUGCCACAUUCGAGUUAAAGGGACAUAUCUUUACUGCACUCAAGGAUAUCCCAUUCUAUGGGAAAGAUCAUGAGGAUGCUUCCAAGCAUUUAGACGAGGUCAAUGAUAUUGCGGAUUAUUUUAAUACUCCUAAUAUCCCAAGGGAGACAACUUGGCUAAGGAUGUUACUAGUCACUUUCAAAGGAGCUGCAAAAGACUGGUUGAAGGCACUUCCAUUUGGUACAAUCACCACAUGGGCCCAAUUGCGUGAAAAAUUUCUAGAUCAGUUUUGCCUACCCUCCAAAAUUUCUAAACUCAAGAAGGCGAUUGCCAACUUUGAACAAAAUCCGGGGGAGUCAUUAUACGAGGCAUGGGAACGCUACAAGGGGUUGUUAAGGAAUUUUCCUCAACAUGACCUAAAUAUUCAGCAAGAGAUGUCGAUAUUCUAUGAUGUGUUGAAUGUCAUGACUAGAAAACUCCUUGAUUCGCAAGGACCACUAACAAAGAAGAACCCAAAUAAGGCCAGGGAGCUGAUUGAAGAAUUUUCAAAGCACUCUCGUGAGUAUCACAACCCAGGGCGUGACGGAAUAAAAGGCAGUGGAGGUGCACGAACUAAAAAAAUGGUUGUUGUGAUGGCAAUGCUUAACACUAUGGAUAGGAGAUUGACCCAAAUGGACCAAUCAAUUCAUGCAAUUCGAGUUGGUUGCGAGAGAUUUACUGGCCCACAUUUGACCAAAGAUUGCCAUUUGGAUGAGUACGGGAAUAAGAGGCUCAAGUUUGCUACUCGAGUGGGGAAAAGUAUGAUGAAGAUUGAAGAAAACCAAAGAAAGAGUGGUAGCCAUAUGAAGAGUACAAGAAGCAAAAAGAGGAGAAAUUUAAGCAGACAGGCCGAGGCUUCUACGAAAAAGAGCAGCCACCACCCAAGAAGAAAUGCUAAGGGAACACCUGAAUAUGAUGAAGGAACAGCACAAAAUGAUGAUGGACUAGCAAGCUUCGUUAAGAAAUCAUCAAGCGCACUAGAAGAGGAGCCACAACAGUUCGAUCCAGAGCCGAAGAAGCCAAAACUCGAGAACGAAAAUGUUGCUAAAAUACAGAAACCACAUCGUGGGACUUAUUUGUCCACGUCGUGGCCCUUGUCUGAACAGAAAAUUUCAGAAACCGUCUCGGCUUAUCGACCACCUUUGCCAUUCCCGUCUCAAGCUAAUCUUAGUCCACUGGAAAGGGAGCAUCUAGAGUUUAUUCAGAAAAUAAAGGGUAUUUCUAUUAAUACUCCCUUUAUUAAUUCACUUGCAAAAGUUCCAGAAUACACUAAGUUCCUCCAAGAUUUAAUAGACACUCAACAUGAAUUGAAAAAGAAUUCUAAGGUAAUUCUAAGUGAGCAAAGCUCGAGGGCUGUGUUGGGAGAGAUACCAAAGAAGAUGGGAGAUCCUAAAUGCCUCACUCUCCCACGUGAAUUUGGUAACAACCUGAAGACUUAUGCUUUAGCCAAUUCUGGGGCUAGCAUUAAUUUAAUGCCUUACACAUUCUAUGAGAAGCUUAAUAUUCAGAAAAUGAAGGCUACAAAAAUGACAAUUCACAUGGCCAAUCGUUCAGUGACUCAUCCAAGAGGGAUUGUAGAGGACAUCCUUGUUAAAAUUAGGAAGUUUGUUUUCCUAGUUGAUUUUGUUAUCAUGGAUACUAAUGUCCUAAUCAUUCUUGGUUGGCCCUUACUAAAUAUUGUUGGAGCUUUAGUGGGUGUUCGUGAAUCCAAGCUUACAUUAAGGGUUGGUGAUGAUAAGGAAGAUUUUGGAAUGCAAGAUGGGUUUCAAGGAUACGAUGUUAAAGGUGAAGUGUUAAAUGUUGAUGAAGACAAUGAACUUGAAGAAUUGGAAAAGCUCAUGGAGGGAGAAAUCAUGACACUUAAUCAAGUCAAACGCACUAAACCAAGAGCAUCCGUUCCGUUUCUCAUUGAAGUCAUUGCUUACACAACACCAACAUCUUUGCUAAGUGAGGAAAGUGAUGAGAUGUCAAGUGAUGAAGAGGAUGUUACAUCAAGGGUGACUAGUCCAGUGGUGAAGAAGGAAAAGGAUACUACAGAGCUUAAAAUGAUGAAAGAUUAA